AUGAAAUCCCACAUCAUCGUGGGUUUGCUCUUGCCGCUUGUGAAGGUUGAGUGUCAAACAUCAGGCCUUCCUAGUUGCCCAUGCGUAUCGCCUGACUUUUUGUCCAGCACAUAUUGGAGAUUGAACAAGCUUCACGUUCCAACCUCCAAAGGCUUGCUCAUGUACGAUGCUGCCGACACAUUCGGAUCCUACUGCGCCAGUUGGGAUGGUGACCUCCCGGGUCUUUGCGACUCCCCAGCGGAUUGUCAGCACUUCUACUGCUAUGUGGAUACUUCGAAUUGUUCGACCGCAAGCUACCCAAGCUCCUAUUUUCAAGGAAUGGACCUGCAGUAUUCUUACUUGACAUGUGGUGACCAAGACAGUCAAGACGACGUUCUCAAGGAGAUUCGCACACAGUUGACUGGCCAGACAUUACGCUUUGCGUAUCCAGCUAGCAGUCGACCUUGGCACUACCAGCAGGAUGAUGGAUGGACCGGUUCAGUGGCAAGCUUCUUUCAACAGCUCAAGCAGACAGCAGGCUUUCAAACUCUCCAGAAGAGUGUGUCAGAAGCAUCCUUAAGCUUGUAUGCGUCCCCUUGGGAUGCAUGCGUCCAUGACGUUCGGAUGCAGCUGAUCGAUGUGUGCGUUUCGGUGGUUAUGGAAACCGACACGCGCCGGCAGAUGGCCACCUUUACAAGCCCUAUCCUUGCAGGCAGCAUGAAGCUUAUGGUCCACAAGGAAGUAACUGACAACCGUUGGGAUCCUGCUUUGGGAUACGAGUCGAUUUGGUUCAGUUUUCUGAAACCCUUCUCACCUUUCCUUUGGCUUUUGGUGGUUUUGCUGAUCUUCACAGCCGGCAUCUUCUAUUACCUCGUUGAGGAGGAGGAGGAUUGCAACUGCGGUACUUGUUUGCAUCCCCGUAAAGCUGCCACAGGCUUGAUGGCCAUUUGCGGGGGGCUGCACCAAGGAACUUUAGCUUUCUUUGCUGGUGGUGACCUCGGUGCUGCAAAAGCUGCCGAUACCAAGACCAGGGCCGGCAGUGCAAUUCGAGUCGGUUUUGCGGUCUUUACCAUGGUAAUGGUCGCUACAUACACCGCCAACCUGGCUCAAUUGCUGGUGGUGGAUGCACAGCAGAGCACAGGCAUCGGGAGCAUUAAGGACUGCGAUCCCCCCACAGAGAUGUGCAGGAAAGUUUGCAUUAUUCAGCAACAGUUGAACUUGGUACGGGCCCAGCAUCCUACCAUGGAGGUAGUCACAUUCCCCAACACAGGGGACUUAAUCGGAGGUUUGGAGAGCGGUGAAUGCCAGGCUGCCGUUGUUCCCGAACAUGAUGUCAGAGCACGCUCUGACUUUCAGGAAGCUAUGUGCGCCAAUGGUUUCCACCUUGUAGGUGAUCCUGUUUUCACUGUCUAUGUUGGUUUUGCAGUGAGGGCGGAUUUAGUGAAUGCCCUCAGCUACUACACGCUGACGAUGGUGUACCAGGGCAUAUUUGCUUCGGCCUAUGACCAGUUCCGGUACAAGAAAAUCGACACCUGCCUGGAAGAGGAAACAUCAUCACACGAGGAAGGGCAGCUCACAGCCUUGGACAUGGCUGGGGUGUGUCUUCUCUUCACUGGUUUCCUGUUCGUUGCAGUUGGCUUGCGUUUGACCAAACAUGGAGUCCACAAAGUAAAGAGCUCAAUUAGCCUACGAGGAGACCAAAGAGACCUCCAGGAAACCAAGAAGGAGGCAAUGGAGGAAACACCGAAAAUGGAAGAUCUUGAAAAUUUUCCUGCAGACAAAAUGCAGGAAGUUGAGACCUCUGUAAGGUAG